AUGGGCGAGCUGGAAAGGCAAUUGCGGAGCCGAGAAAGAGAAAUUGAUGGGGCUACUGAUGAAGAGUUGGAGACUGAAGAGGAGUGUCCAGGGGUAGCUGAACAAGAUUCAACAGAAAGUUCCACGACAACUCUUGAGGGUGAGUGUCGGCGGUUUGAAACAGAGGACAAACCUUUCUGGGAGGUCUUUAACUGUAUAUCCUCUAAGCUGUCUGACACAAUUGCAUCAAACAGUGAGUAGAGCUACCUGGCCUUCGUUAACAGCCCUGAGCAUAAACUAAAGGUAAAUGUAAAAGACCACUUGAAACGCUCUCUCCUUCAUGUCGCUGUAGAACAGGGUCAUGAUAGUUUUGCUAAAUGUUUGGUUGACAUGGGUCUCGAAGUGAAUAGCAGAGAGGGAUGUGGCAUUACUCCCUUGAGUCUUGCAGUGUUACACAAGAAUACAGCCAUUUUUAAAUUCCUAGUGGAAUCAGGAGCAAGAUAUUCUGGUCCAUUGUUCACAAGUAUUCCCUCUCCAUUGUGCAUGGCUGAAAGGCUGCAGCAUACUGAAAUUUUGCAGAUAUUUUCUGAGGAUCAGGAUGAGUCAGAAGAUGAAAAUGAAUUGAUCCCUCUGAUUGAUAACACAUUUUCUAAAGGUGGCAGUAGUGGAGGGGACAGUGUUGACACUGAAACAGAGGUUAAUCGUUCUUGUCGUGGAUUUGUCACGCCUGUUGUUGGGGAUGUAGGAACUUGCACGACAAACAGUGCUGCUAUGUCCAGGUCAGAUUCCUACAAAUGGGUUGGUUUUUGUCCUGGUGACCUUCACAAUAAAGGCUACUUUUGUGAAGCAGCAUUCAAAGUCCAUGGGUCAUCAGGUCUUCCUUACAUCCUGCUAGAGGUUAUGAAAAGAAAGAAAUCGACCUCUGAAGUAUUUAAGAACAAGAAAUUUCAGGAGAAUAACCUCAUCCAAGUAAGGGAGGCAAUCCGUGAUGUCUGUAAGGCCUGUGGUAUUGCUGCAGCUUUGGAAUUUUUAGAGAGUGAGUCAUUUCCAGUUCAGCAGGAAUUGCGGGGUGCUGCAGAUGUGAGUACGUUGCUUUUGGACAAAUUCAAGGACUGGAUUUCAGAAUCAUCUGAUAAUGAUGUUUCUUUCCAGCACCGGUCAACCACAUUUCUUGUUUAUGGCUCAAUUCAGAAAUUGUAUGAUGCAUCAACUGCAUACGGAGAUGGCUAUGCACGUGAAGUUGUGUACCAAGCACAAUUACCAAUUUAUGCGCAACUUGGAUUUAGAAAUUAUUACACAGAAGUGUUCCGUCAUGUUGUCAAUUUUCUUGCAAAAUGGCCACUUGCAACAAGAAGGUUAUUGCAGCAGAACUGUUCUGUCAACCUUAGUGGGAAAAAAGGACAUGGUAUUGAGCUUGAUGGUUUUGUAG